AUGAUUGGUUUCCGCGGCGGCCUCUCGACGCAGGAUGCCAUGAAGAUGAUCAAACAUCACAUCAUCGACGGCAGUACCAGGGACACCAGGGCCCUGCUCGGACUCGACCUCGAGAAAGCGUUUGACAACGUUCUCCACGAAUACAUCCUGGCUUCCAUCGCGGACCUCGAACUGGGCCCCAGGUUGUAUAACUACGUCAGUUCGUUCCUGACGGGGAGGAAAGCGAAGCUGCGGAUCGGCGAAUUUGUCUCCGACGAGGUGCUCCUGGGCCCACGGGGCACGCCGCAAGGCUCGGUCAUUUCGCCCGCGCUCUUCAACAUCUGCAUGGUCGGCCUCUCGAGGAAGCUGGCCCAAGUUGAAGGUAUGAAACACACCAUCUACGCCGACGACAUCACGAUCUGGUGCACCGGUGGCAGCGAAGGUCAAGUGGAAAGCGCCAUGCAAGAGGCUGUAGAAGUCACAGAGCAGUACCUGCUACCCACCGGACUCAGGUGUUCCCCGACAAAAUCCGAGCUUCUUCUUUACAGAAAAGAAAGAGGGGGUAGACUCAAGGGCUGGAAACCGGUCUCCGAAAGUGACAUUCACCUGUUCUCUCGGACAGGCGACCCGAUACCCAGGGUCGACACCAUCAGAGUUCUGGGUAUGUUCAUCGAGUCGGGUGGCGGCAACGGUACUGCGUUGCGCAAAAUCAUUGCGAAGACCGACAACGAUUUUCGCCUCGUGCGAAGGGUGACGAACAGACGUCGUGGCCUCAAGGAGGACAACCUGCUCCGGCUCAUCAAUGCCUUUGUGCUGUGUCACUUCACCUACACGGUGGCCAUGCACAACUGGCUCAGAGCCGAGCGGGACAAGCUCAAUGCCCUCAUUAGAAAAAAUUGUCAAGAAAGCCCUCGGGCUGCCCGUCAGAACGCAUACAGAGGACCUCCUCCGGCUCGGCAUACACAACACCAUGGAGGAGAUAGCCGAGGCUCAGGAACGGGCCCAGCUAACUCGGCUAUCCACCACGUCGGCCGGCAGGCGGAUCCUUGA